AUGGAGGGAAGUUAUGACGCGUGGGUUGUAAUUGCGUUGCUGAUAGUGUUUUUCAUCGCCGGUUGGAUUUUCUACACUAGGCAAUUGUUCAAAAACUAUGAAGUGCAUAAUAGACUCGUCCAAUUCAUAUUCUCCUUCACAUUUUCACUUUCAUGCUCACUUUUUGAGCUGAUCAUCUUUGAAAUUGCUGAUGUACUCGACCCAACAUCCCGUCAAAAAUGCUGGACCAACUGCUUGGCCAUUAUGCUAUUCACACUGGUAGUCUUCAUUCCGUUGUAUAUGGCAUUCCUAUUGAUUCAAAGCAUAACUUUCAUUCGAUCUAAAUUCCACAUUCCUCUCACCUUCUUUAGUUGGUUUGUUUUUCUCUACUUCUUCUGGAAAAUCGGAGAUCCAUUCCCGAUUUUAAGUGCUAAACAUGGAAUCUUCACCAUUGAACAAGUAAUUUCACGUGUUGGAGUCAUUGGAGUCACUGUGAUGGCAGUUUUGUCUGGAUUCGGAGCGGUCAACGCACCCUACACAUACAUGACUAUAUUCAUGAGACCGGUGGAAAGUAUACAAGCUCAACAACUAGAAAAACGACUGACCCACGCCAUGGACAUGAUAGUCAGCAAAAAACGGAAAAUGGCAAGGAACCAGUUGGAAUUAAAGAGGUUGAACUCGGAUAAAGCAUCACAAGAACCAUCCUUCCUGUCAAGGCUCUGGUCCAACUUCAGUGAGAGCAAUAGCGAGAGCAACUUGCAAUCGCAGAUUUCCCGGAUGGAGAGUGAGAUAAAACCAUUGGAGACGCUAAGCCGAUACUUGUUUCUGGAGCUAGUGGAGCUGAAAAAUAUGUUGGAUAGGGUUGCAUUCAGCAAAACCUUCCUCGGAAUGUAUUUCAACGUUCUUGGCCACUUCUUCUCUCUGUAUUGCAUCUGGAAGAUUUUCAUCUCACUAGUCAAUAUUGUAUUUGACAGAGUAGGCAAGGUGGACCCAGUCACGAGAAUGAUAGAGAUCAGUGUGAACUACGUCGGAAUUGAGAUGGACGUCAGAUACUGGUCGCAAUACAUUUCCUUCUUCUUGGUUGGAGUCAUUGCGAUAACUUCUGUUAGAGGUCUUCUCAUCACCAUGGCCAAGUUUUUCGUCUCCAUUUCCAACAUCCGGUCAUCCAACAUCAUUGUUCUUGGAUUCGCCCAAAUCAUGGGAAUGUACUUCGUGUCUAGUGUGCUCCUCAUGCGGAUGAAUGUCCCACCGGAGUAUCGUAUCAUUCUUACUAGAAUCCUAGGUGAUCUUCAGUUCAAUUUUUAUCAUCGCUGGUUUGACGUCAUCUUUUUGAUCUCUGCAGUUACUUCCAUAGCCGUUUUGAGUCUGAUCAGAAAAUCUGGGGACACGAGAUUCCGGCAUUAA